AUGAUCAACAUCUGCAAAUAUAGAGACCCUGGGAGACAGAUUACCAUUUUGGGAAUUCCCCCUCUCGUGACUGACUCAACAUCAUACAACCCCGGUGACUACCCCGGUGACUACCCUCCGCCGACUCAUCUCAUCACUGCCAUUUACUCCCCCGGGAGAGAUUUCAAUUCUCAGUAUCAGUACCGUCCCUACAUGCACGCACAUCUCAUUAUGAGUCUUGGUUUGCAAGUCACCUUAGCCUCCCAGGCACCAGGCAUCGAAACACAAGCAAUCGCGUUACCUAUCGCCGUUUCCGUCCACAAUACUGCAGAAAGUCCCGUCACAAUUCUCAGAUGGAAUUCCCCAUUAGAUCCCCAAGCAGGCGUGCUGGGCGUCUUUGAGGUCUCUGACGUGACGGAUCAACGAACACUCCCAAUUCCAAAAAUCAUGGUCUCACGCAAACUCCCUGCUUCCGAGGAAGACCUCGUGGAAAUCAAGGCGAAUGAGAAACUCGAAUUUGUUGUCAACUUGCCGAUUCCCGAAUUUGAAGAAGGACAUCAAUACUCUGUUCGCGCUCAAGGUACAUGGCAUGCGGUGUGGCCAACCGAGCUAUCAAAUGUCACUCCGUCUCAACUUCAAGAUCAUGGGGAUGCAAAGCGUGGGGAAUUUCUCUCUAAUACUUUGUCCUUCAACUUUGAUUAA